AUGCUGAUUGUUCAAGAUAUACGCACUCAGACCAAGACUUGGAUCUCGACCCGAACAGGCACCGUCCCCCAAGGUUGGCGCGCCACGCCCGGCACCGUCGUCAUGAAGUUCGGCGAGCAGCUCCACUCGAGCAUCAUCUCAGAGUACCAAUGGCACUACAUCGACUACGACGCCCUCAAGCAGUGUCUCAAGAAGGCCACCCGACCUGCCCAGGAGGCUUCCUCCUCCGCCGCCUCCGCGAGCGCCUGGACCAACGAUGACGAGGUCGAGUUUGUCAGUCUGCUGGACGAGCAGCUCGACAAGGUCUACAGCAAGACCCAGGUCAAGACGUCCGAGAUCCAGCGCCGCAUCAUGUGGGAGCAGAAGGAGGUCGAUGCCUUGGUCAAGCGCAUGCACGAGCGCGGGCCCAACGAGCCGGGCCCCAGCGAGGAGGAGUUCAUCGCCCGCGAGGAGUUCCUGAGCGACAUUAUUGCCGACGUCCACGACCUCGCCAAGUUCGUCCAGGUCAACUACACCGGCUUCCUCAAGAUCGUCAAGAAGCACGACAAGGUCACCAACCAGCACCUGAAGCCGAUCUGGGGCGUCAUGAUGAGCCAGAAGGCCUUCUUCAAGGAGGACUACGAUCGCGAUGUCGUCAAGCUCUCCCGGAUGUACGACGUUGUACGAACCCGAGGCAACCCCAUCAAGGGAGACAGCGCUGCUGGCGGGAGCCAGGGCAGCUUUGUGCGACAGACGACCAAGUACUGGGUGCACAAGGAGAACAUCACGGAGCUCAAGCUCAUCAUCCUGAAGCAUCUUCCCGUGCUGGUUUUCAACCCCAAGAAGGAGUUUGAGGCCGAGGACGCCGCCAUCACCUCCAUCUACUAUGAUAACCCCGACACCUGGGACCUGUACGAAGGCCGCCUCAAGAAGACAGAGGGUGCCGAGGCCAUACGUCUGCGUUGGUAUGGCGGCAUGCAGAACGAUCAGAUCUUUGUCGAGCGAAAGACGCACAGAGAGGACUGGACUGGCGAGCAGUCGGUCAAAGCACGCUUCUCUAUCAAGGAGAAGAAUGUCAACGCCUACAUGCGGGGAGAUCUUCUGCCGGCUGCUUUGUUCGAGAAGGCGCGCAAGGAUGGCAAGAAGUCGGAGAAGCAGAUUGCGGAAGAUCAGAAGCUGGCUCAAGAGAUCCAGUGGUCUAUCUUGAAGAAGGGCUACAAGCCAGUGUGCCGGUCUUUCUACAAUCGAACGGCCUUCCAGCUUCCGGCAGAUGCUCGCGUCCGUAUCUCGCUUGACACCGAGCUCACCAUGGUCCGUGAAGACAACUUGGACGGCGUCAAGCGCUCUGGUGACAACUGGCGGCGCAUGGACAUUGGUGUCGACUAUCCGUUCUCCCAGCUGCCGCCUGGCGAUAUUGAGAAAUUCCCCUAUGCUGUCUUGGAGGUAAAGCUCCAGACCCAGCACGGGCAAGAGCCUCCGGAGUGGGUUCGACAGCUUAUCUCCAGCCAUCUGGUUGAAGCUGUACCCAAGUUCUCCAAGUUCAUCCAUGGAACGGCUACGCUUUUCCCUGAUCGGAUCAAGUUGUUGCCCUUCUGGAUGCCCCAGAUGGAUGUGGACAUCCGGAAGCCGGUUAUGCAAAACUUUGGUAUCCGCCGUCCUGGGCAAUCGCCGACGAGCGGAACCACCUCUGAUGACGAUGACGAUGAGGACGAUCUCGAUUCGGAUACGGACGAAGGACCUGGCGGGCCGCAACACAGUGGUUCCAAUGGCCGGUCUGCACUAAGCGGGGGCCAAGCUCUCAACCUAGCGGAUCUCGAGAACCAGACGGCUGAAGAUAUAGCGCCUAACGAGGACUACCCUCUGUAUGACUCUGACGACGAAUAUGACUCCGAAGAUGCCCUCGAAGAGUCAAGGAGGGUUGGCGGUUGGACGUAUUAUUCUGCCCUCGGCAAGAGCUACGCACGAGCUGCUGGCCGCGGUCUUGAGACUGCUAUCAAAACACUCGCACCGGUUCCGCGCGCAAGCGAAGUUGGACCGAGCAAUCGGCAGCGCAUGUUCUUUGGUGGCCAAGAACUUCAAACCAAGAAAUUCAAGGCGCCAAAGGGAAAGAAGAUCUACGUACCUGUUCGCGUCGAGCCAAAGGUGUAUUUCGCCGCCGAGAGGACAUUCCUUGGAUGGCUCGAAUUUUCCAUCUACAUUGGUACGAUUGCGGUGACCUUGCUCAAUUUCGGCACAAAACCCAAUGCUACGUCUUUCAUUGUUGCUGGUGUCUUUACCCUCCUCGCUAUCAUGGCUCUUUGCUACUCCGUGGGCAUUUACCUCUACCGAAGCGCGGCUAUUAGGGAACGCAGGGCUGCAAAGUUCUACGACAGGUGGGGCCCCAGCGUGUUGUGUGGCGCUCUAUUCAUUGCCGUCGGGUUGAAUUUCGCCUUCGAAGGUCGGGAUAGAGAGAUUCGGUGA